UCUUAUCAUAGCUGCGUUGAUAUCACCCACCCCUCCCUCCAUCGCCCACAAGUUUCAUACCCACCACAACUAUACUUAUACAUCCUAAACAAUCAACCCCAAGCGCAAUCACAGAAACCAAAAUGGCCCCCUCCCUCCUGUACCCCAAAAUCACCACCCCAACCCCCAGCAUCAUCCACAGCUCGGGCAACUACCUCACAACCUCCGACGGCCGACGUAUCUUCGACGCAAGCGGCGGCGCCGCAGUCGCGUGUCUGGGGCAUAAUGAUCCCCGUGUGAAGGAGGCGAUCGUAGCGCAGCUAAACCAGACGGCGUAUGUGUAUUCGCCGUUCUUUACUGUUCCAGCUGCGGAGGAGGUUGCGAGUUUCCUAACGGAGUCGACGAGGGGGAAGAUGGAGAGGGUUUUUGUUGUUAGUUCGGGAACGGAAGCGAUAGAGGCAGCGCUGAAAAUGGCGCGACAAUACUACACUGAACUUUCUGAGCCGCAGUGGCAGCGCACCCGGUUCAUCGCGCGCAGGCAGUCAUACCACGGGAAUACCCUCGGAUCUCUGGGGGCAGGCGGGCACAAGCUGCGUCGCGCAAUCUAUGAGCCGAUCCUGGCGACAAACGUCUCGCACGUCUCGCCGUGCUAUCCGUACCGCGACAUGAAGGAAGACGAAACUGAGGAAGCGUACGUGACGCGACUUGCGGAAGAGCUCGAGGCAGAGUUUCAGCGCGUUGGGCCGGAAACAGUCUGUGCUUUUGUCGCGGAGACCAUGUCGGGGACGACCCUCGGCUGUGUCCCCGCCGUACCUGGCUAUUUCAAAGCCAUAAAAGCCGUCUGCGACCGGCACGGCGCCCUCCUUAUCCUCGACGAGGUAAUGUCCGGGAUGGGCCGCACAGGGACCCUCCACGCAUGGGAGCAGGAAGACGUCGUUCCAGAUCUCCAAACCAUUGCCAAAGGACUGGGCGCAGGGUACGCGCCUAUCGGAGCGCUGCUCGUUGGGUCGCGGGUGGUGGACGCGCUGACCAAGGGGACGGGGAGCUUCUUGCAUAGUCAGACGUAUCAAGGGCAUCCGGUUGCGUGUUCGGCGGCUGUUGCGGUGCAGAGGAUUAUCCGCGAUGAUAAUCUGCUGGAGAAUGUGCGUGUGCGGGGAGAGUAUCUGGGGGCGUUGUUGAAGGAGAGGGUGGGUGGGCAUAGGCAUGUUGGGGAUAUUCGUGGACGGGGACUUUUCUGGGCUCUCGAAUUCGUCAAAGACAAAACAACAAAAGAACCCUUCCCAGCAGCAGAAGGCAUCGCGCAAAAGGUGCACAGGACCGGUCUUGAGAAGGAACAUUGCAUCUCCAUGAUUCCCGGGUCUGGCGUCGCAGACGGGGUGAAUGGGGAUAUUGUGCAGAUUGCGCCGGCGUAUAAUGUUUCUCGGGAGGAUAUUGAGAUGAUUGUUCAGCGGGUAGUGGGGGUCAUUAACGCCGUUUUUGGGGAGGAAUAAGGUCUCUGUUCGGCAUUUGCUGGGUGAUAAUCAUUGGAUAGAGAAUGGGUUGCUGCAGGGUCCUCGUACAUCACGACUAGCGGGAUGCUGAGCGGCUUUCCAGACAUGGAUGGUCAAUAGCCUAUCCAUCCCAACGCAGCUCGAUAGCCGGGGCACUCAGUAGGCUUACGAUGACGAAAAUAGCUAGCUACAUAAACCAGAGCUCAGCUCAUCAGAAACUUUUGCUCACCCCCAUACAACCCCCCUAUCGCCGGUAGCAUAUUCCGCCAAAAUGACAGUCAUUGAACCCCCCGCCCCAGUCCCAAUCGCAACGCCCUUCUCACAAUCCCGCUUCCUAUCCGAACUCGAAAGCGCCUGCAAAGCUCUCAACACGGCCUACUCUGAACCUACCACACUGAAGAUCCUUAAAACCUUCGAGAAAAGCUUCACCCGCGGCGCCGUCCUCUUCCGCACAACCAAUCAACCCGAAGGACCGUUGAACUAUCGCGUCUACGAGCGGCAGAGCAUCGAUAUGGUUUCGCU